ACAAAAUUGCAAAAAUCAAAAUAGAUUUUUAAUUUCUAUUGUUUACACUCGGAUACCAAGAUGUACGGGAUAAGAAGAUCAUUGUCUAGAUUACUAAGGCUAAGAAAUCUCACUGUCAUCACUAUUAUCGUGAUCCUGCUCUAUUUAAUUAAAUCAAUAAGUGAUAAUGACUCUACACAGUACAUUACACCUUUAAAACAAUCACUGUAUGGUUUUCUACAAGAUCAAAAAUACUUUGUACCCUCCAGUCUAAAGAAAAUAGAUUGGCAUGACUACGAGCAAAUAGCUUAUGAGAGGAAACGUGAAGGCAUAGGAGAACACGGGCGACCGGCGCAUUUGCCAGACAAAGACUCGUCCUUGGAGAAGGAUUUGUAUGCCGCUAACGGUUUCAACGGGGCCCUCAGCGAUAAGAUUCCUCUGAACCGAUCGUUGCCGGAUAUCCGGCACCUGGGGUGUCAGAAGAGGCAGUACAUCGAGUCCCUGCCUACUGUCAGUGUGGUGGUCCCGUUCCACAACGAGCACUGGAGCACGCUGCUCCGCACGGUCUACAGUGUGCUGAACAGGUCGCCAAAGUUUCUCAUCAAAGAGGUGUUCUUGGUCGACGAUGCUAGCACUAAAGAUUUCCUCAAGCAGAAGCUCGAAGACUACGUAUCGACGCAUCUGCCGAAAGUCCGCGUGUUGCGGCUGGCGGCACGCAGCGGGUUGAUAGCGGCGCGGCUGGCGGGCGCGCGGGCCGCCACCGCCGAUGUGCUGCUCUUCCUGGACUCGCACACCGAGGCCAACGUUAACUGGCUGCCCCCGCUGCUAGAGCCCAUAGCGCUCAACUACCGCACGGUGGUCUGUCCGUACAUCGACGUGGUGGCGUACGACACGCUCGAGUACCGCGCGCAGGACGAGGGGGCGCGCGGCGCCUUCGACUGGGAGCUCUACUACAAGCGCCUGCCGCUCCUGCCUACAGAUAUACAGAACAUGCCGGAGCCUUUCGAUUCGCCGGUUAUGGCGGGCGGUCUGUUCGCGAUGUCGCGCGUGUUCUUCUGGGAGCUCGGCGGGUACGACCCCGGCCUCGACAUCUGGGGCGGCGAGCAGUACGAGCUCAGCUUCAAGAUCUGGCAGUGCGGCGGGCGCAUGGUGGACGCGCCGUGCUCGCGCGUCGGCCACAUCUACCGCAAGUUCGCGCCCUUCCCCAACCCCGGACAUGGGGACUUCGUGGGCCGGAAUUACCGGCGAGUGGCGGAAGUGUGGAUGGACGAGUACGCGCAGUAUCUGUACAAGCGGCGGCCGCACUACCUGCAGAUAGACACGGGCGACAUCUCCGAACAGAAGGCGCUGAGAGAGAGACUGCAGUGCAAGUCCUUCCACUGGUUCAUCACGCAGGUUGCAUUCGACCUAACUGCGAAAUAUCCCACCAUCGAGCCCACUCCAUUCGCCGAAGGAAGAAUUCGUCCCGAGAUCAACCUGGAGUAUUGCGUGGACGCGCACCGCGGUCAGCAGAACGAGCGGCUGUUGUUGCGCGAGUGUCGCACCGCCGCCUCCACCGAGCAGCACUUCCAGCUCUCCUGGCACAAGGAUGUCCGAUCUAAAGACCGUCUGAUGUGCUGGGACCUGCCGGCGGCGGCGCCCCACUCGCCCGUCCUGCUGUACUCCUGCCACCUGGGAGGCGGCAACCAGCUGUGGCGGUACCAUCCGGACACGAAACAGCUGAAGCAGGGCGCGGGUGAGAAUUGUCUGGACUUCAAUCCCAGUACCAAGGAGCUGUACAUCAACGCCUGCAGCGAUGCCCACUCCCAGCGCUGGGAGUGGGACACGGUAGACAGGGACAUGCUGGGCCGCUGGGACAACAUAGCGAAGAGGGUCACCGGACCCAUACCGAUCGGCGAAUUCUAAACAGCCACUAAUCAUGUAACACUUUUUUUAACAUUGCUUAUUGUCAUAAUUUUGACGUUUGAACUUUUUAAAAUGCAAUUUCAAAUUUGUUGUCAUUUCUAGAUUUAAAAACAUUGGAAUUAUUUUAUUGUCAGAAG